AUGUCAAUACAAGAUUUUGACUUGUUAAACAAGCUGGGAGAUGGAGCUUUUUCCAGUGUUUACAAGGUAGGGAGAAAAUCUGAUGGGCAGAUUUACGCUUUAAAGAAAGUCAAGAUGGGUGUUCUUAAACAAAAGGAAAAAGAAAACGCAUUGAAUGAAGUAAGAAUUAUGGCUUCCUACCAUCAUCCAAAUAUAAUAGCCUUUAAAGAAGCUUUUCUCGACGAAGGCAGCAACUCUUUAUGCAUUGUAAUGGAACUAGCUGAAGGUGGUGACUUAUUAAAAAAAAUUGAGACCCACAAACUGAACCGAACUCGAUUUCCUGAAUCUGAAAUAUGGGAAGCUCUCAUCCAAAUUACAAGAGGCUUAAAAGCUCUUCAUGAGAGAAAUAUUCUCCACCGAGACUUAAAAUGCGCAAAUGUAUUCAUAGGGAGUGACGGAGUUUUCAAGCUAGGAGAUCUCAAUGUUUCAAAGGUAAACAAGCGUGGAAUGGCAGUCACACAGACAGGGACACCUUACUAUGCAAGUCCUGAGGUGUGAAAAGACAUGCCUUACAACUCAAGCUCUGAUAUAUGAUCGUUAGGAUGUGUUAUAUACGAAAUGGCUGCUUUAAAUCCUCCAUUUACUGGUGUCGACAUGCAAAGCUUAUAUAGCAAAAUCAUCAAAGGAACUUAUCCAAAUAUCCCAGGAAUUUAUUCGCAAGACCUGUCUAGCGUUAUCAGAUCUAUGCUCCAGGUAAACCCAAAUGCAAGGCCAACGUGCCAGAAAUUAUUGGAGCUGCCUAGUGUUCAAAGAUAUGCAGCAAAGCUGGGAAAUGGAGGAGAAGAAAUCAAUAGCAACUUGCUAGGGACCAUUAAAUUUGAAGGAUUUCAUGCGCUAAAAAAUAAACUUCCUGAAUCAAAUUAUGGAGACUCUGAGAGAGUUGCGAGUGCGAGACCAGCGAAAAGAGAGGAUCUUGAUAUUGUGAAAGAAAGGGUGAUUUCUACAGCGAAAGGAGCCAGACCUCCAGUUUCACAUAUGAAGCCAAUGAUAAAUGACUUAAGAGCUCCUGUGCCAAUUAUUGAAGAAUAUAUACCCAAAUCAACACCUGCCAAACAUGAAAAUAGCAGAAUUAGACCUUUGCUUGACCAAGCGAAAGCUGGGAAUAAUAUUUCAAAAGCUGCUGUAAAACCUAAAUCCUCCAUUUGAAUUGAAAAAAUAGGUAAAAUUUUCUAUUUUCUUAAAUUUUAAUUUUUAUUGGUAAAAAUCGUGAUUUCUAUGAAAAUUGCUUACUCCCCCCCCCCCCUCCGUGAGCGAACAAAACCAUUAAAAAAAUCGCCAUUUUUUGACCAAAAACCCACCCUCCGUGAGUGAACAAAAAUUUUUUUAAUAGAAAAAAUUUUAAUGGAAAAAAAUUUUGAUAUAUAAGUGAUAAUUAGUAUAAUGAAAUCUAGAGCUAAUUCUGUUUAAUUUUAAACAAAUUGCGUUUUAAAACAUAAAUUUUGCAAAUUAAAUUAAUAUUUGCUUCCCAAUUUUUGCAAAUUAGGAUUUUUUUAAAUUUCGAAAAAAAAAUAUUUUUUUUAUAAAAUUUAUAUAUAAAUUUUUUUUAAAAAAAAAAAUUAACCCCCCUCCGUGAGCGAACAAAAUUUUUUUGUUCGCUCACGGAGGGGGGGGGGGGAGUUAGUAACCAAUUUAAUGUUGAUAAAAUCUAAAAUUUACAGAUAAAAAUGUAUUUUUAAAGGGGAUAUGCAAGUAAGAACACUAUUUAAGCAAAGUUAGUACUUUGAAUAGAUAAAUUUUAUAAAUUAAUUUUAAAAAAAACCAAUCUUACUUGAAAUUAAAGCAGAUAUUUUUGCUCAAAUUUAAAUAGAGAAGGAAUAAGGGAAAUGAAGAAGGAAGAAAUUUAAUUCGUCAGCAUAAGCCUGAAACAAAUCAAAUAUCUGAAAUCCAAAAGCUGCAAGAUAUGCUAAAUAAUCCACAAAAAUACGAAAUAAACAAUCUUUAUAGCGAUAAAGCUCCAAAUAGCAAUCGUGCUCCUUUAAAAGCUCAAGCAAAAGAUAUAUUGUCCCCAAAAGCAUCAUCAAGGCCUCUUUCAAGAGAAAACAGCAAUAAACUGGACUACAAAUAUCCUUCACAACACGAUUUAUAUAAAGCACCUAAUAAAGAAGAAAAGAAAAUCGUAAAUGAUCCGGUCCAACAAUAUAAAGCGUUAAUAAAAGAAGAACGAAAAAUAAUAGAUUCAGCGAAGCAGCACUUAAUCCCAGUUCGUGAAGAUAAAAAAGUAAAUGAUUUAUAUAAGCCGAGCCCAAGAGAAGAAAAAAAGGAUCCAUUGCAACAGUAUAGGCCUAGUUCGAGAGAAAAAAUUCCAAGCGCAUCACAAAUUGGAGAGGAUAAAAAAAUCACUGAUUUGUAUAAGCCGAGUCCAAGAGUCGAAGAAAAAAAAGAUUUAUAUCAGCAAUAUAGGCUAAGCUCAAAAGAAAAGAUUCCAGGGCCUGAUUCUUAUCAGCAAUACAGGCCGAGCUCGAAGGAAAAACUGUCAGGUGUUGAUUCAUAUCAGCAAUAUAGGCCAAGCUCAAGAGAAAAAUUACCAGCAGCUGAUGCAUAUCAACAGUAUAGGCCAAGUUCACGAGAAAAGCCAUCAGGUGUCGACUCAUAUCAGCAAUAUAGGCCAAACUCCAGAGAAAAACAGUCAGGUAUUGAUUCAUAUCAACAAUAUAGACCAAGCUCUAGAGAAAAAUUACCAGCUGCUGAUUCAUAUCAGCAAUACAAAGCCAAAGAAAACGGCGCCAUGAAUAUAGAUUCACAAUAUCAAAUCCCCCCAACCAAUCUUAACUCUUAUGAUCAAUAUAAACCUCAGCCACAAAAGGAAUAUCGGCCAGAACUCUACCAAAAAUACAUUACUCCAACACAAGAAAGAAGAGCUUUAGACCAAAACAUUGCCAAACUCCAGUUAAAAGAAGAAAAAAAAGCUAUUGACAAUUUUCAGCAGCAGUAUAAAUCUCCCUACAGUCAAGAUCGGAAAACUCCUAAUGAAGCAAAAAGAGAUUCAAUAAAUUACUACGAAAAAAAAAGUGACUCCCAGCCUUACAAAUCUCCUAUUAUUGACACAAAAGAUCAAUAUCGGCCAUCAUCAAGAGAAGACAAAAAAGGGAUUUUAGAUGGGUAUAACAAUUAUAAAAUAAGAGAAGAAAGCCAAAGGAAUAUAGAUUCAUACCAAAAUUACAGAGUUCCUUCAAGAGAAGCUAAGGACCCACGGAGCCUUAUAAAAGAUGAUAAAAUCCCUAUUUCAGAAAUGUACCCAUCUUCUAGGGGUGAAUCAAGAGAUGACCCUAGGGUGAAUCCUUUGUUGAGGAAGCCUUCUUAUCAGUCAAAUAACCCAGUUGUCCCUCAAGUUGUGAGCAGAGAAGCUUCUGCCAGAAAAGUAGGAUUAAUGAUUGCUUCACCAAGAGUCAAGCCUGACCCAUUGCCAAGCUACAGCAGCAAUAACAAUCAACUUAAAGCACAAUAUGAUAGACUUCAAAACGGCUUGGCUCAACAAAGAAAUAUAGGGUCACAAAAACGAGUUGAGCCAAAGCCAAUUUGGUGGAGCUAG